AUGGCUCAGUGGUUCAAAUGCUCGCUGAGUCAAAGCAUCUCAAUGUCUAUCAUAUACUCAGCGUAUAUGAUGCGGUGCUUGCGCGUGCUCAUAAAUACAUGUGUACGUCGUGUAAAAAAGAUAAACAGCCUUUGUGGCGAAGAUGGCUGCUUCAAAUCAAUGGAUGAAGAUACGAAAAACAUGAUAAAAGAUAUACAAGAUAAUGUAUAUGUAAUAUUCUAUAACUGCAUGCUAACGAUAGCAUUUGAGGUCAUAAGAUUAUUUGGUCAUAAGAAAAUCCCUAUCAAUAGCAAACUAAGGAGCCCUCCUGUUUUCAUCGGACCUCAUGUCAUCACCAGAAACGCGCUUUUGCAAUUUUACGAGGUCAUUAAAGACAACGCGCCUGUGAAGAAGUGUGCAAGUGUUUAA